CAAUUCCACUUCAAAGGUGCAUUCGAACAGCAGUCAUUAAAGAGGGAACUUGACAUGCUACUCCGUUUCAGGAGUGAUUCCUUUCCUGAUGACUUGCUUGUCUCAAGGCUUGGAGGGCUUGUAACAUGGGAUGAUGGGCUUUCUAUCAUGGGUCUUCUCGUUGAAUAUAUUCACGGCAGCAAAACUUUAGGAUACGCCGCAGAGGAUGCUUCGAAGGCUGAACGAGAAAAAUGGGCGCAACAGAUACGAGCCACAGUCAAAAAGCUACACGAUGCAAACGUUACCUGGGGAGACGUGAAGCCGGAUAAUGUUUUGAUCGACGCGAAUGGCGACGCUUGGGUGAUAGAUUUUGGUGGGGGUUGCGCUGAAGGUUGGGUUGACCAAGAGCUAGAGGGCACAAAGGAAGGAGAUUUGCAAGGGUUGUCGAGUGUUGAGAAUUUUCUUGGG